AUGGGAUCCCUCGGUGGCGAGAGCACCCUUCCUUGGGUCAAGACGCCCUGCGUCUACAACACGGCCGUUUCCCGCGCCGUUGGCUGCAACAUCUACCUCAAGCUCGACAACCUCCAGCCCUCGGGCUCCUUCAAGUCGCGCGGCAUCGGCAACCUCAUGACCCGCGCCGUCGCGCACCACGCCGGCAACGUGCACUUUUACUGCGCCUCGGGCGGCAACGCCGGGCUCGCGUGCGCGACGUCGGCGCUGGCGCUCGACCGGCCGUGCACCGUCGUCGUGCCCGUCACGACGUCUGAGUUUAUGAAGAAGAAGCUCAGCGCGCUCGGCGCGCGCGUGCAGCAGGUGGGCAAGAACCUCUUCGCCGCCGAGCAGUACGUGCGCCAGGAGCUCGUGGCGCGCGACCCGGACGGCGUCUUCGUCCCGCCCUUUGACCACCCGGACAUUUGGGACGGCGCCGCCAGCCUGAUCCCCGAGCUGCGCGACCAGAUGGACGUGCCCAUGGACGCCAUUGUCUGCUCCGUCGGCGGCGGCGGCCUCUUCAACGGCCUCAUGCAGGGCAUCGAGACCUUUCCCUGGCCCGCCGGCCCCAAGCCGCACGUCGUCGGCGUCGAGACGGCCGGUGCCGACUCCCUCCACGCCUCCCUCGUCGCCAACGAGCACCUCACACUCCCCGAAAUCACCUCCAUCGCCGUCUCCCUCGGCUGCUCCCGCGUCUCCGCCCAGACUUGGAAGUGGGCGCACUACCCAAACACGCACAGCUUGGUCGUUUCCGACGCCGACGCCGCCAUGGCCUGCGUCCGCUUCGCUGACGACGCACGCCUCCUCGUCGAGGUCUCGUGCGGCGCCGCCCUCGCGGCUGCCUACCGCGGCGACCUCCGUGCCUCCCUCGGCAAGGGCCUCUCGGACGCUGAGUGGGCCGAGAAGAAUGUCGUCCUCAUCGUCUGCGGCGGCUCCGGUGUCUCCCUGCAGCUCCUCGACCGCUACGUCCAGGAGUACGGCCCUCACUCCGCCAUCCAGGUCUAA